GCGCCAAAGAGAUUGCCAAGGAUCCGAUCUCUGUUAAAUAUAUGGAUGCUUACGCUACAUCGGCGGCGUGUUGCCGGAGGCAAGUUACACCGCCGCUCGCCUCUAGCCGGCACAAGAUCCUCUCGUCUGUGAGGCGCUGCAACAUCAGGGUCUCUGGGUUCGAAGACGAGAGCCACUUGGGUUACUAUUCCUCCCGUGGCCGGGGUAUCAGAUCUGGGGCCGUCAAAAAGGAGGACAAGAAUUUCUCCACAGACUUGUCUUCGAUUGGAUUCGGGCUGGACUUUGCAGAAUCACUCGAUCUGCUCCACCACCAACAACAAACUACGAUUUCGGGAGGUGCAGAAACAUUGCUCUCCCAUCUCAAAAAACUAAAAGCAAAGGGUAAAGAAAAAGAAAGGUGUGGACAGUAUGAUUCAUCAAGCUCUUCAUCAUCGUCAUCAUCUGAAUCAAGCGAUAGUGAGUGCGAGGGUAUAGGCAACAUGAACAGAAGAAGGAAGUGCGACAAUGCAAUCGUCCAACGCUUUACUACUCCUGAGUCCAAACCUGUUGUGGUUCUAGAUUCACAGCAGCCAAUGUUGCUUCCUGUUUCGAUCCACCCUCUCUCCAAUCCUAUCAAUGAUGAAUGCCCGAGUUGUUCUGAAAUGGGAAGUCGGACCAUGAAGAAAUUUGAGGUAUGCAUGGGUGGAAAGUGCAAGAAAUCAGGGGCGCAGGCUAUACUGGAGGAACUUCAAGAUGCAGUUGUAGGGGUACCAGACGUGGCAGUUUGUGGAUGCAAGUGCAUGGGGAAAUGUAAAGUUGGGCCCAAUGUGAGGCUUUCGAGCACCGCCAUUGACCAUGACUUGUUGCAUGACAACAAUAAUAAUAAUGGCAACCUAGUGAGGUCUGUGUAUCAAAGUGUUGGUAUCCAUGAUGUGAGUUUGAUGGCUUCCGAUUUCUUGGAGAGAAAGGGUGAGGGUCAAGGCCUUGCUGUUGCAUCUUGAUUUUUAUUUGCUCGUUAGGUUUCAUCCUCCCUACUGUGGUGUAUCAAUGUAUCAUACUAUCAUAUACAGUUUAUUUUAUAGUGUGUAAGGUUGCAUCUGUAAGUUUUUGUAUAUCCAUGGAACAAUGUUCUUCUUGAGGUGUUUCUUUAUGCCAACCUCUUGGACAGAAACUUUCUUGGACUCUUUCCUUGACAAGUUCAGAUUCUCUGGCAUUCUCUUAGUUCAUCUUCCCUCAUAUAUACUUGCUUUUUUCUUAAUACUGUCAAUAAACAAGGUUCUAUUUUGAUGUUUGCAGACUUGCAAGUCUUGCCUUGGUAUUUUUUUGGAUUUUUUCCUUGACAAGUUCAGAUUCUCUGGCAUUCUCUUAGUUUGUCUUGUAUUUUUUUUUUUGGAUAAAAUGUAAAUGUAUAUAUAUCCAGAAAAUAGCAUUUGUACAAUGCAUCACAAAAAACAAAAAAACUAUCUAAAUCAGCACGCUAACCUAAAAUAGUAUCUACCGUAUCUCCCUCCACCCCACACUACGGUAGGGGUAGGGGGGAGAGAAAUACUUUUUCAUAGCCCGAAGGCAUCACAAAAAACACAAUCCAAGAAUGGCACGGGACAGGCCCCGAUUCAUUCAUCAAAAGUCCAAAAAUAAAUUCCCAGCAGUCCAGGCCCAAUGAAAACCCUUCUGCAUCCAAA